AUGCAGGAUUCCAAGGAUGAAAAGGUCAUUGUCGCGGCCGAUGAGAUUGCUGUCAGGCUACCCAUCGCCCAUGGCUCCCGUCAAAGCAAUAAAUACCAGUGGUUCAGGAGAUUGACCACUCGCGGCUCGACUGAGUUACAGCGCGCGACCACACCAGGUCAAGUCGAAGCUGGCAAUCAACGCAACGCAACGCUCCCACAACAUCCAGCGGUGACGGCUCAGCGCCCGACCCGUCAUCGCGAUUUUCUUUUCGAGCCCAACUUGCGAUCUGCAAUGAAUGUAGGUGGACUUCCACAAUCGAGUGUUUAUGGCACAAAUACUUCCAAAACGCGACGCAGUUGGUAUACUGAUAUCGUCUGCGUGUCGAUUCUGAUCGGACUGGGCUUCCUUGGCUUGGCCAUCUUCUACCUUCAAUCGAAUCAGAGCAAUGAGAUAACACAGUAUCGCCACAAGGACGGGGAUCACCAUCAUUGA